AUGGGUUUAUCCUCGGUGGAACCAUUGGUUCGAAAUGCAUUCGAAUGGUACGGACCAGUGGCUUAUAAAUGGAAAUGGUUUAUAUUCAUUGUACCAAUAUUUAUGACUAUAGCUUGUUCUUUUGGUUUUAUUCGAGUAAAUGAGUUACGAGUGGAUGAUCCAGCAUACGUUUUCACACCAUCAGAUGCCAGAUGGCGAUCAGAACUUAAAACAUUCUCUGAAAAUUGGCCAUUAUCAGAGAAUAAAUUCCUUCCAGGAAAAUCUUUUGAAACUAAACGAUUUGUUAAUAUUUUGAUAAGAGCAAAAGAUGGUGGAUCAGUUUUGAGAGAACCGGUGUUAAGGGAAAUUCAGGUAAGUGGAAAAACAAAAAAUAGAAAACAAUAUAAUUUUCAUUUGGAUUUGCAGAUGUUGAAUGAGUGGAUUAUGAAUAAUAUUUCAAUUCCAACAGUGGAUAAGAAGUAUACUUUGACUUAUCAGGUUAGUUUGUUUUGUCAUAUGUAUUUUCCCCCAACAAAAACUCACAUUUUCAACCUGAAUUUAUUCAAACUUCACUAAAAAAUAUCAUGUUUCCAAAAUCCACUCCAACCUCAGAUUUUUUCCAGGAUCUUUGCUUGAGUUAUGAUUGGGUGUGUGGCGCAAAUGAACACAUAGAAAUGUUGAUUCAACGACACAAAGUCGGAAAACUCGUAGAUCUCUCCUAUCCAAGAGGUGGCAACAAAGACACUCCUGUUUACCUCGGAACAAUUCUCGGCGACAUCACCCUUUUUAAGAAUAACACAAUCGAGGAUGCGAAAAUCACCCAACUAUUCUAUUUUCUAAAACAAGAGCAAAAAAUGGUUGAACUGUAUUCAUCAAAAUUUUCUUAUGCUGUCGAAAAAUUUUUGAACACUAUUUAUUCGUCUGAACUUAUCACAUUUUCAUUUGCACAUUAUCAAUCAUUGGAAGAUGGUCUUGAUGAAAAUGCCAAAGCUUUUGUUCCAAAUUUUGUUGUCAGUUUCACAGUUUUGGCGCUGUAUGCACUUUUCUCGAGUUUCACUUUGAAAAGGAAACCGGCCAAGAAAAUUGAUUGGGUUCGAAGUAAACCAUGGCUUGCGGCUGCGGGUAUGUGCAAAGAUUUUCUGUUUGUUUUUUUCUCUCAACGUGUGGCAUUUUUUCCAGGUAUGGUAACAACUAUUUUGUCAAUAAUUAGCGCAUUUGGAUUCUUGUUACUCAUUGGUGUACGAUAUAAUGUGAUCAAUACUAUUAUUCCAUUCUUGAUUAUUGGUUAGUUUGAAUAUUUUAUCUCAAGUUUUAAUUCAGUUUCAAAAAAGAAUAUUUUUAGCAAUUGGAAUUGAUGAUAUGUUCCUGAUGAAUGCUUGUUGGGAUCAAUGCGAUAAUAAAUUAACAGUCCCGGAAAGAAUUUCAAAAACCUUAGCUCAUGCUGGAGUUGCGGUAACUAUUACAAAUGUAACUGAUAUAAUGUCAUUUGCGAUUGGCUGUAUCACUGAUCUACCAGGAAUUCAAUUCUUCUGUAUUUAUGCUUGUGUAUCAGUUGCGUUCAGUUAUUUUUAUCAGCUCACAUUUUUCUGUGGUGCAAUGGCAAUUAUGGGAGAUGUUGAAAAAGAAAAACGACAUUGUCUAUUUUUCUACAAAACAAUCGGAGUCAUCAAUAUUGCGGAAAUGAAUGAGGAUUCUCGGAAACAGCUUCAAAUUAGAUUUCCUAAUAAUUUGAAGCAAUUUCAGAUAACUAAAGCGUGAGUUUUUUGUUGAAAACAAUUUAUAAACACUUCUGAAUAAAGGAUUUUCAGACCAGUAGUGCCACAUUUAUAUGAUUCAUCAUCAUCUUCAAAUUCAUCGUAUUCUUCCGAUGACAAUAGUUUUUCAUCUCGUCGAACUUUGCCAAUCGAUGAUUUGAAUUGGAAGGAUGACAUUCCACCAUCUUAUACACCCCCACCUAUUCCAGUUCAACAAACUCCAGCACAUCAAGAACCUGAUAGAAUUAUUAAAUUCCUUGGCCAAACAUAUGGCCCAUUUAUUCUCACAAAUCCUAUGAGACUGUUAGCUCUAGUAUUGUUCUCAAUUUAUAUUUCUAUCGCAGUUUAUGGUUGUAUCAAUUUCCGAGAAGGUUUGAAUCCUGGAAAUUUGGUUACAAAUGAUCAUUAUAUUGCGAAAUAUUUUACGGAUAUCAAAUCUUUCUGGGAAUCUGGACCACAGUUACAUGUGGCUGUUUUGAAUCCACCAAAUUUAGCAGAUCGAGUUGAAAGGUAAAAUUUUUUUUGAAAUAAAUUAGUAUAAUUUUUAUAUUUUUUAGAGAGAAAUUGAUGAAUGUUGUAUCUGCUUUUGAAAACACACCAUAUACAAUGGGUCGAGAGGGGACAGUAUUCUUUGUUUUUGAAUAUUUGAAUUAUUUGGAUGAUUUGAAUGUAGAGAUUGAUGAUUCUGAAAAAUUAUGGAAACAAAAACUAAAAUCUUGGCUGAAAUACACCGGUGGUUCUACUCUUUGGUCAAAUGAUAUUCGAUAUAAUGAGACUGAUGGCAGCAUUUUAUCUUUCAGAUUUGAGGUGAGAAUCAUUCCAGAGAUAUUUUUUGUGUUAUAAUAUCAGUAGUUCACACAUUCCAAAAAUGAACAAUCAAAAUUAUCAAACCAUCAAUCAUUUAAGACACCAGUUCCAGGAAUUUCAAAAAAAAACAAAAACAAUGAAAUUGAUAUCACGUGUGAAUGAUUCAUCAGAUAGAAAUCUUAAAGACCAAAUAUUUUCCAGAUUGCGAUGAAACAUAUAGUAGAGCCAAAUGAUCACAAACACGCGGCUCUUCUGAUGAGAUCAAUCGCUGAUAGUCAACCAUUCAAUGUUGUUGUUUAUCACGAAGCGUUUCCAUUUGCUGAUCAAUAUCUGAUAAUUCUACCAGCAACAAUUCAAAAUGUUAUUAUUUCCCUUUUAUGUAUGACAGUUGUCUCAAUUCUUAUGGUUCCAUCUUUGCCAUCAGGUAUCUUAUAUAAUUUUGAUCCACGAAAAUUUAAUUUUUUUACAGGAGCUGUCAUAUUUGUGUCAAUUGUCUCAAUAAAUAUUGGUGUUUUUGGAUAUAUGACACUCUGGGGUGUUAACUUGGAUGCUGUCAGUAUGAUAUCAAUCAUUAUGAGUAUCGGAUUUGCUGUUGAUUUGUCAGCACAUAUUAUUUACGCGUUUGUCACUUCACAUGGUGAUACAAAACAGAGAGUUAUUGGUGCUCUAGAAGCUUUAGGGUGGCCUAUUUUCCAGGUUUGAACAAAUUCCGAAUGAAAAAAAUAAACAUAAAAAUAAAAUUCUAGGGCGCGUCAUCUACGAUUGCUGGAAUCACAAUUCUCUACACAGUAGAUGCUUAUAUUAUCCUAACAUUUUUCAAAACAAUUUGGUUAACAAUGGUGAUUGGUGCAAUUCAUGGCUUGUUUUUCAUACCUGUUUUCCUUACACUUUUCCCUGUUUCAUUUUUCCGAAUACCAAAAACUGUUGAACUCCAUUAG